AUGUCCAAGGAAGCAGCAAGAUCUAGAUUUGUCAAUGUAUUUGACGGGAUUGUCGAAGAAUUGACGGGCAUUCUUGUUUCCUACAAGAUGCCUCAAGAGGCUAUUAUUUGGUUUCAGAACAAUUUAAACUACAAUACCCCUGGAGGAAAAUUGAAUCGUGGAUUGUCAGUAGUUGACACGUAUGCUAUUUUAAACAACACUUCUUCCGACAAAUUAGAUGACGAGACGUACAAGAAAGUUGCCAUUUUAGGAUGGGCUAUUGAAUUGUUGCAGGCAUACUUUUUAGUUGCCGAUGACAUGAUGGAUCAAUCGAAAACCAGAAGAGGACAACCAUGCUGGUAUUUGAAAGAGGGUGUGGGAAAUAUAGCCAUUAAUGAUUCAUUCAUGCUAGAUGGCGCUAUCUAUGAGAUUUUAAGAAAGCAUUUCCGCAAGGACUCAUACUAUAUCGACUUGUUGGAUUUGUUCCAUGAGGUUACUUUCCAGACUGAAUUGGGUCAAUUGUUAGACUUGGUAACCGCUGAUGAAGAACAUGUUGAUUUAGACAAGUUUUCUUUGGAAAAGCAUUCAUUCAUUGUUAUUUUCAAAACUGCAUACUACUCAUUUUACUUGCCUGUCGCUUUAGCAAUGUAUAUGUCUGGAAUCAGCGACGAAAAGGACUUGAAACAGGUCAAGGACGUUUUGAUUCCUCUUGGUGAGUAUUUCCAAAUCCAAGAUGAUUAUUUAGAUUGUUUUGGAACCCCUGAACAGAUUGGAAAGAUUGGAACAGAUAUUAAGGAUAAUAAGUGUUCGUGGGUUGUUAAUCAAGCAUUAUUACACGCAUCUCCGGAACAACGUAAGGUGUUAGACGACAACUACGGGAAAAAAGAUGACACAUCAGAAGCUCAAUGCAAGCAGUUGUUUAAGGAUAUGGGUAUUGAAAAGAUAUAUCACGAUUAUGAAGAAUCCACAGUCCAAAAAUUGAGACAACAAAUUGAUCAAAUUGACGAGUCAAGAGGCUUGAAAAAGGAUGUCUUGACUACAUUUUUGAACAAAGUGUAUAAGAGAUCUAAAUAA